AUGGUUAAAACUAGAGGAUUGUGUCGAGCUUUAGGCAGUAUUAUAGGAAGAGCCUUAGGGACAAAAGUUAGUGGUGACACGGAUAAAGCUCCUCAGUGGCAAAAACCGACAACAUCUACGCUUAGGCAAUGGGCAGCUGCACCUGUUGCUGAGGAUGUUGAGCAUUGGGGUCAUGCAGUUGAUGAGGUUCAUCAGCAGCCUCAGGAGGCAGUUAUUGAUGAUGUAGUUACUGAUGCUCAGGAUUUUCCAGGCAGGCCCCACGAUACAUUAGUUUUGACGAAAUAUGUUUAUCAUGAACAUCCUAAGUUGAAGUUGUCCUCCCAUAGAAGGAAGGUAGAAAAAUUUGGAAGGUCUGCUCCAGAGAUUGAAGGCAUAAUGGCUGUCACAGGAUUAAGUCCUCUAAUUGAAUGUUCCUUGGGCACAGGUGACAGGGGACUUAUAUUUGCUUUUGCGAAGAGGUGGAAUAAGGAAACUAGUAGUUUCCAUCUUCCGAUAGGAGAGGUCACUAUCAGCCUCGAUGAUGUGGCAUCAUUGCUACAUCUGCCCAUUAUAGGCGCCUUCCAUACCUUUAAUGCUCUUCAUGUAGACCAAGUCAUGGACUUGUUAGUUGACUUGCUUGAAUAUUGGAUCUAUGAGCAUUUUCCUAUUGUUGCUUAUUGUAUUGCUGAUGAAGAUUAUCAUGAGAGGAAACCACUUGCUUGUUGUUGGAAGUCUGGGAAGGCAUUACUAGUGUCGACGUAUCAUAAGCGCUUUCACAUAAGCAAGAAUGUGAAGGUCAAAUGUAAAUCAUUAAUUGGUCAAAGAAAUGCUUGGGAGUAUGUCAUGGAUGCCUGGGGAACUCUGGUUGAUUGUCCUUCGGAGCAGCAGUUUGAUGAGUGCAUGAAGAAGUUUGAAAUGGGUUGA